UCCAAAAUAAUCUAGCUGAGCUCGCCCCGGAGCGAUCAUCGCGUACACGGACACGGCCAGUGACGUUACCUUUUUGAUGCCCCGCCGGUAUCUGUUGAACACUUUUUCAGCAUAUGAUCCUCGCCUGAAAAAACAAAUAAUCAGCAGCAGGCUCUACAGUCGUAGUAAAUACCUCGGACAGUUCGAACCGACUCCCGGUAUCAACGGAACGGUGUAGCGAGUUUUCGGUUGCUCCCAACGAUGAACAGCUUUUCUCAAGGCUAGUUGAACCGAUGUUCCAAUUCAGUGCAGUUACCACUUCCGUGUAGCGUUGUGCGAGAGCAAAUCCUUUACUGUGAUAUCUGUAUCUAGUGCUCUUCUAACCCAACAUGUCGUCAGUAAUGGGAACCUCGACGAAAGCACAGCGCAAACAGCCGAAAAUGCUGUUGCGAAGCACAUCAUUUCAAAAGUUGUGCUCCAUUCCGUACAAUUUUAAACUAGAAGUGCGAACCUACCAGGAGCACAUCAAAACGGUCAUAAGGUUUCUCAAGAUUGUAACUCGUGCAUAUAUGGUGUCCAUCUGCUUAAGGCUACUAUCAACCAUUAUCACCGUUACGAAAGUGGUUAAGAUCCGGAAUCUACUGAUGAAGAGGCGCCCCGCACCAAUCACACAUGAAUCGAAGCCAACUCAAAUGAAUCCCUCCCCUGCAGUACGUGCCAAAUCGUUCAGCCGCUUUCCUGGUUCACGGGUUGCAACAUCGGGAUUGCUGGAAUUGUACCUUGCCACAGCCCAACUGAUAUUAACGUAUUCCUGCAUCUUGUACAUUGGAUUUCAAAUCUCGUUCCUGUUUUACAUUUUAUGGUGGUCCUCAAGUGUCCCCUCCGGGCUAAUUUUCCUCGUGCUCGGGCUCUCUUACAUGGGCUUUAUCCUUGGCAAGAUUGCGCUCAAUGGAAAGUUCUGCUUAGCGUAACCGGACCGUUACGUUCGAAGAAUUGAAGAGAUGUUUCGGUGUAGCUCUAUAUAUUUCCCCCACCCCACCACACAGCUGAGCAGAAAGGACCUGGCAAAUAACCGGCGGCUGGUAACGCGAUUGCCAUCCGCAUCGUUUUCGCGGCGAUAAACUUCUUUCACCUAUACACACCCACACACGUACACUUGUGCUGUCAAUCAAAUCGUGCAUAAGGAUCUAUAGCGCGCAUUGAUUCUCCUGAUAGUAAGAUUUGCAAGCAUGCGGCCAGCGGCAAACACCAACCACCAACGCCUGACACUCUCACAUGGUAGUAAAACUGUGUGUAAAUGAGCUGAUAGCUAAAACGGAAUUGAGUAAAUAAAGUCCGAGUACCUAGCGGACAAGAAAUGCGACUAGAA